GAGAGAUAAGAGAGGAAAGAAAUGUAAUGUGACCAAAUUGGAAGAGGAUAGGGUGCCAAAGAGAAAAAAAAAAUCAAGGGAAGUGUGGGGAUGCCGCGUGAGUGCCAAAGAAAUGCCAAGGGAGUCAAGGAGCGAGAGUGCCAAGGUGGACCCCAGGAGGAUGCUGGCAGUGUAUCCUGAGAGGAAGGUGUCCUUUCCUUUCUUUCAGUACUAUGACGCCAGUAUGGGCGAAAUUCCUAAAGACCCGGCCUUCAACAUCAUCCCAAAGAACUCGACAUGUUUUAUCAUCUGGCGAGUCGAGAACCUCCAGCUGGUGGCGCUGAAGCGGGAGGAUUAUGGCAAGUUCCACAAGGGCGACUCUUACAUCAUCUUCUCGGCCUCGGAGUAUGGCAAACCUGCAGGCAUGGACGACACGCCACAUCCACCCAAGGGAGCUCUGGACAUCCACAUCCACUUCUGGCUCGGAUCUGAGACGAGUACCGACGAGGCAGGAGUGGCAGCCAUCAAGACCGUGGAGCUGGACAACCUACUCGGGGGAGGGCCCGUGCAGCACCGGGAGACGGAGGGAAACGAGAGCAAGCGGUUUUUGUCUUACUUCAAGAAUGGCAUUAGGCUUCUGAAGGGAGGUAUCACAUCGGGACUGAGACAUGUUACGGACGACUUCGAACCUGCCAUCUACCACGUCAAGGGGAAGAGGUCCACGGUUGUGACGGAGUUGUCUGCGAUCGACUGGAAACUGAUGAAUGACGGGGACGUAUAUGUAAUAGACAACCGCGAAAUCAUUUACGUCUGGACUGGCAGGAACAGCAACAAUAUGGAAAAAAUACAGGGAGCCAAGUUCGCCGGGACCCUUCGUCAGGAGCACGGCGGAGGCUCCGUGGUGGUGGUGGAGGACGGGCAGGAGGCGGCCCUCGUGGGAGAGGAAAGAGGCCUCUUCGACAAAAUGCUGCCGCUCAACAACAAGCAGGUGGUGCCAGCCUCGCAGGCCCCCAAGGACGAGACUGUGGCUCGCAGGAUGUGCGGCGAACUCAAGCUGUUCAAGUGCUCGGACGAGAGCGGCGUCCUGAAGGUGACGGAAGUGAAGAACGGCCCUCUGUCUCAGGCCGACCUCGACUCCAAGGAUUCCUUCAUCGUGGACAACGGGCAGGACGGCAUCUGGGUGUGGGUGGGGAAGAAAGCCACGCAGAAGGAGAGAGACGAGGCCUUGAGGAACGCCCAGGGCUUCGUCACCAAGAAGGGAUACCCACCCAGCACGAAAGUCAGCCGAGUCAUCGACAACGGAGAACCGCCCGAGUUCAAGACGCUGUUCAAGGACUGGAAGGACAAGGAUCAGAGCAAGGGCUUCGGCAGGCAAGCUUCGACCUCCAAGAUCGCACAUACAGUCCAGACCAAGUUCGACGCUUCGACUCUGCAUUCAACACCCGAGCUCUCCGCCAAAACUCAAAUGGUCGACGAUGGAUCUGGACAAAAGGAAGUCUGGAGAAUCAAGGAUUUCGACCUGAUUCCCGUUCCAGAGAGCCAGUACGGAGAGUUCUUCAUGGGAGACUGCUACAUUGUUCUCUACGCUUAUCUCGAAGGGAACAACGAACACUAUCUUCUCUAUUACUGGAUUGGCUCGGACGCCAGCCAGGACGAGGCGGGGACGGCGGCUCUGAAGGCGGUGGAGCUGGACGACAAGCUCCAAGGGCGCGCCAUCCAGAUCCGGGUCGUGCAGGGGAAGGAACCGCCGCACUUCAUGGCGAUCUUUGGCGGGAAAAUGGUCAUCUUCGAGGGCGGUUUUGCUUCGUCGUUUGAUGGUUCGGGCGCGAGGGACGAGGGUCGCAAGUCGUCCUACAUGCUGCAGAUCCGAGGCACCACCAGCCAUAACACCAAGGCCAUUGAGGUCGACCUCCGCGCGGGCUGCCUGAACUCCAACGACUGCUUCGUGGUGGCGACGCCCCAGACCACGUACGUGUGGUGCGGCAAAGGCUCCACGGGCGACGAGAGGGAGAUGGCCAAGACUUUCGCGUCCAGCCGGGGAGACACCUUGAUUGUGUCUGAAGGAUACGAGAAGGAGGAGUUCUGGCGCGCCCUCGGAGGGAAGGAGCCCUACGCGACGACCCCGAAGCUGAAGGAGGAGCACCCGGCGCACCCCCCACGCCUCUUCCAGUGCAGCAACGCCACGGGAGUUUUCAAGGGUAGUAAGGGAAAUGAAAGGCCAGCAGAGGCCCGAGACCCCCAAGGAACGGGGGCCACUGGAGAUAGCGAGGAGGGGGUCACGGGGUCCCUGAGCGAGGCCCAAGCGCUACCGUGUCGGCCCCUGGCACGCUCGGCAUGCGGCACUCAGACACAACAAUUUCAUCGUGUUGUGACCGAGGCGAACGGCAGCCUAGCUCGAGAAGAAAAUAAUUGUCGUGAUCUCAUUUCACAGAAAACAGAGACGAAUGACUCGCCGGAUCUCGGGUCAAGCUCGGUCAUCUCGGGUUGGCGUGGGCUGGAGCGGGAAGUCUGUUGGGAGAAUAAUACACGAAGGGAAGAUAUUCCUGUGUUCAAGACUGCAAGAGUUAAGUAUACUUCAACAUUUGAGAAAUAUAUCAUGAGGAGAUUCGGUGGCAACCCUUCUAACCCAGAGCCCAAGUUCUCGUACAGUAUACACCGGUCCUCGCCUCCGCGCGCUGAGCCUGUGAUGGAUUGGCGAAACAAUCUGGUUACGGUGGAGCUACUUGCAGCAGGGCAGUGGUUUCUGCAGCGUAACUGCCAGUUCACGGCAGAAGCAGAAUACGUCUGGCGGAAGUUUAGUCCUGCCGAACAAGCGGCAGAGAUAGCAGUCCUACCUAACCUCCCCUCCCAACCCCAGGCCGAGCAGCGAGCCUCCGACGCCCUCGCCCUCGAGUACCUGCGCACGGACCCCGCCGGCAGGGAGGGCGUCCCCAUCAUCAAGCUGAAGCAGGGAUACGAACCCCCGAACUUCACCGGCCACUUCGGCGUCUGGGACAACGACCUGUGGAACGACAACAUGACUUACGCCGACAUCUGCGAGCGUCUCCAAGAAGUGUCUCCUGGGGCCACUGUUCUCGUGACGUCAUCAGGCUCUGGGACUACAGGAAGGCGCACCUACCCGCUGGCGACGCUGAGGGAGAAGGACCCCGAGAAGCUGCCUCCUGAAGUCGAUCCCGUCCAUAAGGAGGACUUCCUCUCCGAUGCUGACUUCAUGUCCGUGUUCGGCGUCGGCCGAGACGGCAUCGAUUCGAUCCCGAUGUGGAAACGCAACAACAUGAAAAAGAAGGCGGGACUCUUCUAG